UUUUUAGUAGGGCGGAACCAGAGUCCGAGCCCCUUAGUGAAGGAUUGGGUGGGAGGGUUGGAGAGGGCGUCAGUUUGGUGCCCCAGAGGGGACGGGGAAAUGGGGCUAGACAGGGUGGGAAAGUGAAAAGAAAUGACUGGAGCAGGGGUUAGGGAAGGCAGGGAGGGGAGGGGUGUAGGAGGUUGGUAGGAGAACGUGGCUGAAGGGGGAGGCGGGAAGACCUGGGGAGAGGGGAAGUCAGGAAGCAGGGAGGCAGAGCUUCGAGAAGACAAUUGGAGCCCCUGUGAAGGGCAGGAAAGGCCUGGGAAGGUACCCUGAAGGGAGAGAGGUCCUUGGUGGGAAGUCAAGGUGGAGGCUGGGCAUCAAAAUGAGAUGCUCACAGGGAUAAGGAGGGAAGCACAGUUGGGAAGAGAUCAGGGGUGAUGGGAAGGGCACCCCGUCAAUGGAGGCCAGGAGCUGAGGGUUUGCUAAAGCUCAGGACACAUUAUUUUGGGGGAGGUGCACUGAGCUUGAUCUCUCACUCCAGAGCCUUCAGCAGGGAAGAAAGAUGUCAGAUGAAGAGCUGGAAGACUUUGAGCCAGACCAGGACGAUCUGGAAAAAGAAGAUGAUGAGAAGGAGAUGGAGGAGUGGGAGGACUACAGGAAGGAGGGAGAAGAGUACUCAGAGGAAUGGAUGCUCAACCCCCUCACGGAGGACAUGAUGAAGGAAGGGCUUUCUUUGCUCUGUAAGACGGGCAAUGGACUGGCUCACGCUUAUGUCAAGCUGGAUGUUAAAGAGAGGGACCUGACCGACAUCCACCUGUUACGGUCCUACAUCCAUCUGCGCUAUGUGGAUGUUUCUGAGAACCACCUCACAGACUUGUCCCCACUCAAUAAUCUGACCCACCUGCUCUGGCUCAAGGCCGAUGGCAACAAUCUGCGGAGUGCACACCUGAACGAGCUGCCGUACCUGCAGAUUGCCAGCUUUGCCUAUAACCAGAUCACUGACACUGAGGGUAUCUCCCACCCUCGUCUGGGCAGCCUGGAUCUCAAAGGGAACCGCAUCCGCAGGGUGACUGGUCUGGACCCCCAAAAGCUGAUCAGCCUGCACACACUGGAGCUGCGGGGGAACCAGCUGGAGAGCACCCUGGGAAUCAACCUUCCUAAGCUAAAGAACCUCUUCCUGGCCCAGAACAUGCUGAAGAAGGUGGAGGGCUUGGAGCACCUAAGCAAUCUCACUACCUUGCAUCUUCGAGACAACCAGAUUGAAACGCUGAGUGGCUUCUCCAAAGAAAUGACAUCACUGCAGUAUCUCAAUCUGAGGGGCAACAUGGUGACCCACCUGGGGGAGCUAGCCAAGCUUCGAGACCUGCCCAAGCUGCGAGCCUUGGUGCUGUUGGACAACCCGUGUACAGAUGAGAACGACUAUCGCCAGGAGGCCCUGGUGCAGAUAACACACCUCGAGCGCCUGGAUAAAGAUUUCUUCGAGGAAGAGGAGCGGGCCGAGGCUGAUGAGAUCCGUCAGAGGUUGAAGGAGACCCAGGAGGAGGAGGCUGAGGCUGAGCAUAACUCCGAACUGAAAGUGCCAUCCGUGUAGCUCUUCCAGCCUCGGAGGACGGAGAUCAAAGACACUGGCCCUAAGACCUGAGAAGACUCCCAGAGAGCUCCACUUCCACAUUCAACCCCUCAUCCUGAGACAGAGUAUGGCUUCUCUUGGCCCAGACCUGGGAUUUCAUCACAGCCUGCUGCCCAGGCUCUGUAAUGGGCACCUGGGCAGCGUCUGGGUGGGUCUGAUCCCUGCCUGGAACCUGUGUGUAUGUGUG